AUGGACGAAGGCAAAGAGCGCAAGUUUACAAAAUUCACUAGAAUAACUAUUGAUACCUCUGCUGUCAAUAACUCGUCUCUUACAGCCCUGUCGGAGAAUGAGGCCCUAACCAUCAAUAAUUCAUCUCAAACGCAAACAUCUUCUAUAAAUAAUGUCUCCAAUUUUGAAACCGACAGACCAGAUUCAUCUCCAAAUAAUCCACUGCCACUGGCAAGCUUGACAAACUGCUCAUCAGGAACCGAAUCGAGAGCGAACAACUUAUCAAGUAGUCGGGGACGAGAAAGUGUACCUGCAUCGCCGAAUAUUCAUAUAUCACCAAACGCUUCAAGAGGAGAAAAACUUUCUGGCUUUCUUGCUGUUCCAGGAUCUAGGUCUCGGCAAAACUCUAUUGAAUCAGAAGAUAACAAUCAGUCGUCUACCAACUAUAGUGGAGACACCGUCACCAAUGUACUAGUAGAGUCUCGAGAUAAUGGACAGACCCUUACAAACGAAGAGAUAAUGAAAGACCCUGAGGCCCUUUCCCCUGAUCCCGGAACAGAAGAAGAUUUCACUGUCGAUGAAAAUCCGUUUGCCUUUUCCCAAGGACAGUUGAAUAAGAUAAUAAAUCCAAAGAGCCUGUCAGCAUUUUAUGCACUAGGUGGUCUGGCUGGACUAGAAAAAGGUUUACGGUCUGAUCGAAAAGCCGGUCUCAGUAUCGAUGAAACAACUCUCUCAGGAACGGUAUCACGCGAAGAAGCUCUAUCUUCAGCUGUCAUGAAAACAUCAUAUGAUCAUACAACUGAACCUAAACUACCCCUAGGUCCAUUGGGAUCUGCAGGCUCCAGUCACUGUAACAAAGAUUCAUCGAGACCCCUAGAGAAACAAUUUAGCGAUAGAAAGCGGGUAUUCAAAGACAAUAGAUUACCUGUAAAACAGGGAAAGACUUUGCUUCAGCUUAUGUGGAUUACUUUCAACGAUACUGUGUUGAUUCUUCUAUCAGUUGCUGCGGCCAUUUCUCUCGGAGUAGGACUUUACCAAACAUUUGGUACUAAACAUAAUGCCGAAAAUCCCCCUAUUGAAUGGGUGGAAGGAGUUGCUAUAAUCGUUGCAAUUUUAAUUGUGGUCGUAGUGGGCUCUUUGAACGACUGGCAAAAAGAACGUCAAUUCGUCAAACUCAAUUGUAAGAAGCAAGAUCGUGAUGUUAUCGUAAUCCGCUCGGGUAAAACAAUGGAAGUAUCUGUGUUCGAUAUCUUAGUAGGAGAUGUGAUGCAACUAGAAUCUGGAGAUAUGAUUCCCGUGGAUGGAGUCUACAUUGACGGGCACAAUAUCGUUUGUGAUGAAUCUCAAACGACUGGAGAGUCUGACUUGAUUCGCAAGCAUCCUGCUGAUCAGGUCUAUAUGUCUAUUGAAAAAGAUUUCAGUUUACGGAAACUGGAUCCCUUCAUAUUAUCGGGUGCAACAGUUGUUGAGGGCGUUGGAACAUUCAUGGUCACUGCGACUGGUGUUAAUUCUAGCUAUGGUAAAACCCUAAUGUCACUCCGAGAAGAUCCAGAAGUCACCCCCCUGCAGUCAAAGCUGAAUACUCUUGCUGAAUAUAUUGCUAAACUUGGUGGAGGUGCUGGCCUAUUGUUAUUUAUUGUUUUAUUCAUCAAGUUUUCAAUUAAUCUUCCAAAAAAUGACGCCACUGCUACGGAGAAAGGUCAGCAAUUCCUGCAGAUUUUUAUUGUCACAGUCACUAUCAUUGUCGUUGCUGUGCCAGAAGGUCUCCCUCUAGCUGUAACUCUGGCUCUAGCUUUUGCAACUACUCGAAUGUUGAAAGAUAACAACCUUGUUCGUCACUUAAAGGCCUGUGAGGUCAUGGGUAAUGCGACUGCCAUAUGUUCCGAUAAGACUGGCACUUUAACGCAAAAUAAAAUGCUCGUGAUUGCUGGGGCCCUCGGUGUUAACUUACAGUUCGGUGACCUUGUGAAGCCAUCCAAUGAUGGAAAACAACCUGAGGACGAUGCUACUACAUUAGGAUCCUUCAGAAAAUCUUCUCCACAUGAAGUUAUAUCUUCCCUUGAUCCAACUGUAAAGAGAAUGUUGAUACACUCAAUGGUCGUUAACUCAACAGCUUUUGAGAGCGAACUUGAUGGAAGUAAAACGUUUGUUGGUUCCAAGACAGAAACCGCAUUACUUCAGUUCGCAAAUGACUAUAUGAGUAUAGCUCCCAUUGAUCAGGAACGUUCAAAUACCGAUAUCAUUCAAAUAUACCCAUUUGAUUCAAGUAGGAAGUGUAUGGGUGUUGUCGUGCGACUAGAUGAUGGCAAAUACCGAUUAUACGUCAAGGGCGCAUCUGAAAUCCUACUACAGAAAUGCACUUCUAUCAUUCGGGAUCCAACUGAUAAGCUAAAUAGUAACCUCUUGACUGACGGUAAUCGUUCAAUCUUACUCAAUAUAAUCGACCAAUAUGCGACUCGCUCAUUACGAACAAUUGCCAUGGUAUAUCGGGACUUCAACAAAUGGCCAAUCAAUGAAGCCCGCACUGGUAGAAGUGACCAGAGUGAUGUCAAAUUUUCGGAAAUAUUUAAGCAAAUGGUUUUUCUUGGUGUCGUUGGGAUUCAAGAUCCAAUCCGUGAUGGUGUCGCGCUAGCUGUCAAAAAAUGCCAGAAUGCCGGUGUCUUUGUCCGUAUGGUUACUGGAGACAAUGUCAAGACAGCUAAGGCAAUUGCUACUGAAUGUGGUAUAUUUACAGAAGGUGGUGUUGCAAUGGAGGGUCCUGAUUUCCGAAAAUUAUCUAAAACCAGCAUGGAUCAAAUUAUUCCACGAUUACAAGUUCUUGCUAGAUCUAGCCCAGAGGAUAAACGUAUUCUUGUUAAACGUCUGAAGGAUCUUGGUGAAACUGUAGCAGUUACCGGUGAUGGUACAAACGAUGCACCAGCUCUUAAAACGGCCGACGUUGGGUUUUCAAUGGGUAUUUCGGGUACUGAGGUUGCUCGUGAAGCUUCUGCAAUUAUUCUGAUGGACGAUAACUUUGCGUCUAUAGUAAAAGCUAUGAUGUGGGGACGUGCAGUCAACGAUGCAGUAAAAAAAUUUCUUCAAUUUCAAGUGACUGUCAAUAUCACUGCUGUUCUACUAACUUUUAUCACAGCUGUUGGAAGUAAUGAGGAAAAAUCUGUUCUUACAGCGGUUCAACUGUUAUGGGUCAACCUUAUUAUGGAUACUAUGGCAGCUUUAGCUCUGGCAACUGACCCACCCACGGAAACUAUUCUCGAUCGGAAGAGUGAACCCAAGUCUGCCUCUCUCAUCACCAUCGCUAUGUGGAAAAUGAUUAUUGGGGAAUCUUUAUACCAGUUGAUUAUAACCUUGCUUUUGUACUAUGGGGCUGCUUCGAUUUUCUCUUAUUCCUCGCCACGUGAAUUAGGGCAGGUUUCAACCCUUGUAUUUAAUACAUUUGUAUGGAUGCAGAUUUUCAAUCAAUGGAAUAAUCGUCGCCUUGACAACAAAUUCAACAUUUUCGAGGGGAUCACUUCUAAUUACUUUUUCCUAGUGAUCAAUAUAAUUAUGAUUGCAGGACAAGUGAUGAUAAUUUUUGUUGGCGGGAAAGCCUUCAACGUUGUUCGUCUAAGCAAGGCCCAAUGGGCAUACUCCCUAGUUCUCGGGUUCCUUUCUAUUCCGAUUGGUGCAGUUAUACGACUCAUUCCAGACGAGUUGGUUGGUCAGCUCAAUCCUUCAAAUCUUAAAUCUCGACCAAAAGGACCAGAACUUACUAUUUCAGACGAAGAGGAACAUUUCCGCUUCCCUAGACCUCUAACUGACGUUAGAGAGGAACUUAGUUUCCUCAAAAAAGUUAAGGGUGGUAGGUUAAAUAAUCUCAAGUUUGCCAUUCAAGACAAGCGCGAUCAAUGGCUGCCACGUUCCAGAAGUGGAUCUCGGUCUCGUAGCAACUCGACGACCCCUACACCAUGCACAGAUUCUCAACGAGAGGACAGCUCUAUCAUUCCACAUCCAAGCCCUGAAAUCCGCAAACGGGCUCGCUCAAACCGCUCCCGUUCCAACUCUGCACUUGGAGCUACUACAGUCAUGGCUGGCAUUAUUGCUGGCUCUGUUGGAGGCUGGUCACCGAUCGAUAGGUCUAUUAGUGAUAAUGAAUCAGUGCGAUUGGCACGAAAGCCAGACUUAGCAUUAAAUGAAGAAAUCGAACAUCCUUCCAUAACAAAACCAGACCACUCUACGACUGAAGGUCAACACUUGGACACUUCGGGUAAGAUUGGCGGGGAAACAUCAUAG